AUGAAGCAAACGAUGUGGUUGGAGAAUCAAACUUUUGGGACUGAUUUCAUCCUGUUGGGGCUCUUUAGCCAAAGCAAAUACCCUACUCUCUUCUGCUCACUGAUAUUCAUUAUUUUCAUAGUAGCUUUGACUGGGAAUGGCACUUUAGUUCUUUUGAUUCAAAGCAAUCCCCACCUCCACACUCCCAUGUACUUCUUCAUCAGUCAGCUUUCCCUCAUGGACAUGAUGUAUAUUUCUGUCACUGUGCCCAAGAUGCUGUUGGAUCAGGUGAUUGGGAUUCAUCAUAUUUCAGCUCCAAGCUGUGGAAUCCAGAUGUUCCUCCAUUUAACACUUGUGGGAGCAGAGUUCUUCCUUUUGGCAGCCAUGUCCUAUGAUAGGUAUAUGGCCAUUUGUCACCCUCUCCGCUACCCCAUCCUCAUGAACCGUAGAGUUUGCAUACUCCUUGCAAUUGUCUGUUGGCUCUUCGGCUCCAUUGAUGGUUUCACGAUCACUCCAAUCACCAUGAAUUUCCCCUUUUGUAAAUCCCGAGAGAUCCAGCACUUCUUCUGUGAGGUCAUUGCCUUGUUGAAACUGUCCUGCUCAGACACAUCACUCUAUGAGACUGUCAUGUACAUGUGCUGUGUCCUUAUGAUCCUUAUCCCUGUCAUAGUUAUUUUAACCUCUUACUCCCUUAUUCUCCACACAGUCAGUAGGAUGAAUUCAGCUACUGGUCAUAGGAAAGCAUUUGUCACAUGUUCCUCUCACAUAACUGUUGUCAUUCUCUUUUAUGGAGCUGGUGUCUAUAACUACAUGCUCCCUGCUUCUUAUCAUACUUCUGAAAAGGAUAUGAUGCUGUCUGUCUUCUACACUAUCCUAACACCUGUUAUAAACCCUGUCAUCUACAGUGUCAGGAAUAAAGAUGUCACAGCAGCUUUGAAGAAAAUGUUAUGGUCAAAGUGGAUUUUAGCUAAUUUUCAGAAGUAG